AUGUCUAUACCUGAAGCUGGGAUAAAUCAAUCAUAUGGUUCCUGCCAAUGAUUAUGAAAGAAUAAAAAGCUAAAAACGAUUAAAGAAUCAGUUUUUGAGUUUUACUGCCAACUUUAUCAUAAUGGAACUAAUGAAGAAAUAUCACUGCUUUGGCAAAAGGUUGGAAAAGAGAUUGAAGACUUGGUUUGGUGCUUUCAAAUAAUGAGCCUACUAUGAAUUCCAAAUCUUCCAAUAAAAGAUUGAAAAAACAAUAUAGAGAUUUGAGAAAUUAUUGGAUACUUUAGAAUUGACAAUAUAUGCUCAGAAUUUGGGAUUAUUGAUGCAUAUAUCCAGCUAUAUUGAAUAGAAUCCCUAUCAGAUUUUGAUGAAUUAAAAUAAAUAAUCUUUCUAGCAUCAAAACUUAGCUAAAAAUAGUAUAUAGCGCUUUCCCGAGGAUGGCGCCAUUCCGCGCCAUCCUCGGGAAAGCGCUAUACUUAUAUUUAUCAAUUGUGGUUAAUUUUGUAUUAUUUUUUGGAAUAUUUACUUUGAGUUUUAUGAUUUAUCGUUCAGCUAAUUUGCCAAGAUGAGUCUUUUUGCUAUUAAAAUGGAUUUUCAAUUUCUGGGCAAAUUUGAUUUUUAUACCAUCUUUGGUAUUGUAUUCCAUCUUUUUGAAAUAUAGCUUUACGCCUGCAGAAAGAAUUACUGAAUAUGAGCACAAUAAUGAGCCGGCAAGUUUUGAGGCAAAUAUUACUAUACUUAUUUACCAAGAAUAGCCCACUAAGGAGCAUUUUUUGUUGGCCGGACAAUAGCUGGCUUGCCAAAUUCGUUGGGAUGCCAUAUUCUGGCAAACCAAAUUUAAGAAUGGCGAACCAAAAAUUGCUCCUUAGUGGGCUAUUCUUGGCAAACAGGCAUAUACAAAUUUUAAUAAUUUGUGCAAUGAUUGUUAAUUUUCCAUUGAUUUUAUUCCAUACUCAAUUUUCAGGUGAAAUUAGGCACUCAGUAAGUAAAAAAAUACUUAUAUCAAAGGCUCACUCGAAAAUUAAUUUGCAUAUAGCAAUGCUAUCAUAUUUUUCCCCAAUAUUUUACGUGUUAUUUGAUAAAGAUUACAUUAUUUAUUAUCAAUGUCUUUUGAUGGUUAUUUCAAUUAUUUUGACCAUAGAAUCUCUAAUUUUUUGGCCUUAUUUUUCGGUCUAUUGUAAUUUGACACUAAUUCUUAGACUUUUUGCUAUUUCUUUACUCCUAUCCUCUAUGAGAGAAUAAAACCAUUGGAAAAAAGCCUAUUUUUGAUAAAAAUACACCCUGUAAGCGAACAAUUAUUAUAUAAGAGAUAAUUUAUAUAACGAAAUCUCUAGUUAAUUAUGUUUAAUUUUAAAUUUUUUGCAUUUUAAAACAUAAAUUUUAUAAACUAAACUGAUAUUUGAUUUUAAAUUAUUGGAAUUAAAAAAAAACCUUGACAAUAAAACUAUAUAUAAAUUAAUUUUUUGGUUGAUUUAGUGUCUUUUGGAUUUAUUUUAGGGAACUGAAUGGACAAUUCUCUAUUAAUACUUUUAAAUACAAUAGUCUUCGGACGAUUAGCAGCUGCGCUAAUUUAUCAAUUUGUAUUGAAAAUGCAAAGAAAUAUGAUUAUGAGGCUUCCAACUACUUUAUCUGCUAUUAUUUCUGCAUAUAAAUUAGAAAAAGUUAUUAGACAUUCACUAAUAUUAAAUGAUCCUGAGCAGAAAAAUCAAAUAAUUUACCUCUUCGAAACUUUUUUCAUUGAAAAUUCCUUAUCCCGAGACAAGCUUCAGGUUAUCUGGGUAACAAACUAUUGCAUAUUCACGCUAAAAGACGAGUCUCUAUCUAAAAUUAAGUUAAGCAAAACCAAAAAUAUUUCAGGAAAUUUGGAAAAUGAUUUCCAAGAAUACUACUUAUACAAGUUGCCCGAUGAUGGCGCUCAAUGCGCCAUCAUCGGGCAACUACAGUCCAGGGUCCACACUGGAAAUAGGUUCCACGUGUGGAGCACUUUUUGGCAUGUGUGAAAGUGAGGAUUCUCAACGUGUUAAAAAGGGCUCCACACGUGGAACUCAUUUGCAGUGUGGACCCUUUACCGUAGGUGCCCGAUGAUGGCACAUUGAGCGCCAUCAUCGGGAAUUUCCUAUAUGUAGUAAAAGAAUUGAAUCUUUAUCAAGUGAAAGCAAGCAGUUUAUUGAAUACUUUCAAGAAUUUCAUAUGAUAAAAAAGAAAGAUUUAAAAUUAUGCAUCAAUUUAUUGAAAUUUUGAGAAGAAGUAGUUUCAUUAAGACCUGAUACUGUAAAACUCUCAAAAAAUCUUUUAUGGAUAGACAAAAAAUUAUUAAUAGUAGAUAAUAAAUUUACCCAGUUGACCACAAAAUUCUGCAACUCCAAGGAGUCUUUAGACCUUUAUGCUUCAUAUACUAAAAGCAUUCUUUUUGACCGAGAAAAAUCAAACUUAUUAGAAAAUAAGUCACAAUUGUUAACUCCCCCCCUCCGUGAGUGAACAAAACCAUUAGAAAAAUCCCUAUUUUUUGCCCAAAAAACCCACCCUUCGUGAGUGAACAAAAAUUUUUUAAUGAAAAAAUAUUUUAUGGAAAAAAAUUUUGAUAUAUAAAUGAUAAUUAUUAUAAUGAAAUCUAGAGCUAAUUUUGUUUAAUUUUAAAUGAAUUGCAUUUUAAAACAUAAAUUUUAUAAAUUAAAUUUAUAUUUGCUUUCCAAUUUUUGCAAAUUAGGAUAUUUUUAAAUUUCGAAAAAAAAAUAUUCUUUAUAAAAUUUAUACAUAAAUUUUUUUAAAAAAAAAAAAAUUAGCCGCCCUCCGUGAGUGGGGGUAGUAAGUAAAACUGCUAAAAAAUCAUUUUCAAAAAAUUUAGAAUUUUUUAAUGAAAUUUAUGGAAUUUUUGUUAUUUCAUGUGAAGAAGAAAAUUUUGGAGAAAUUCUUUUUUCAAACCCAAAAUCCAGUGAAAUCCUGAAAUCUCCGAAUCAUAAUAUUGAUGGGACCAAUAUAGCAAGCCUUAUUCCUUCUUAUUAUAUAGAAGAUUUAAAUGAAGAUAUUCGUAGAAUAAUCCACUUUGCCUCUAAUUCUGAAAUUGAUUUAAGUGGAGGAUUUUUUUUAAAUGAUCCUUCUCAUUAUCUUUUAGAAUGCUCUGGGAAAAUCUUGAUAACUUCUCAUAAAAAUUAUCUUAUGUCGAUAUUGCUUUUUAAGCCUAAAAAACGCAAGCAUCAAGUUAUAUUGAUAUCAGAAACUGGAGAAAUUUGUGGAUAUUCUGAAAAUUUCCCUAAAUUUGUUACAAAGAAUAUCCAGAUAUAG